AUGAGCUCUAUGAAUGAAUCUAAGCGCAAGCUUGUCAUUGUUUCGAAUAGGCUUCCCCUCUCGAUUAAGCGCGUGGAUGGAUCAUUUCAGUCCUCCCUCUCGAGUGGAGGUUUGGUCACCUCUUUGUCCGGGCUGACAAAGUCGACAGAGUUCCGGUGGUUUGGGUGGCCUGGAAUUGAGGUAAAAGACGCAAAGGAUAGGGAGCUGGUAUCACAGAGCUUGGAAGAGCAGAAUGCUAUUCCGAUAUUCCUUGAUAGCGAUCUGGCACAUGAGCACUACAAUGGAUUCUCAAAUCGGAUCCUAUGGCCAAUCUUGCAUUACCAGUCAGGCGUAACGUUCGAUGAUGGUCCAUGGCAGGCGUACAAACGAGUCAACGAGCUCUUCGCCAACGCCAUCGCGGAUGCGACUGAAAGUGGGAACCUGAUAUGGGUGCAUGACUAUCAUCUCAUGUUGCUCCCGGAGCUGCUACGCAACCGACUGCUGCAACAAGGCAAAUCCUGUGCCAUUGGGUUUUCAUUGCAUACUCCAUUCCCCGCGGGCGAUUUCUGGAGAAAUCUCCCGGUACGCAGGCAUCUAAUCGACGGGAUGCUGUCAAGUGACUUGAUUGGGUUUCAUACAGAGGAAUACAAGCAGAACUUCAGCGACACGUGUGCUAGUCUUCUUGGAGCGCAUACCGAGAUCCCCAAUCAGAUUCAGUAUAAGAACAGAUUGAUCUGUAUCGACAGGUUCAUCGUCGGAAUCGACCCGCAAAAGUUCGCAGAUGCAUUGCAAAAGCCCGAAGUACAAGAACGGAUCAAUACGCUCGAAGAGCGAUACAAGGGGGUCAAGGUUAUUGUCGGGGUGGACCGGCUCGAUCACAUCAAGGGCUUGACACAGAAACUGAAAGGCUUUGAUGCUUUCCUCGAUGAUCACCCCGAACUCCAAAAUAAAGUUGUGUUGAUUCAGGUUGCCGUGCCUAGCCGGGAGGAUGUCAAGGAGUACCAAGAGCUCGAGACCGAAUUGAGUACGCUAGCGGGAAAAAUCAACGGAAAGCACGCUACCCCCGAGGGCACGCCGCUGCUCUACAUGCACCGGUCGGUCCCCUUUACCGAGCUCACAGCCCUAUACACCGUGGCAGAUGUAUGUCUGCUCACUUCUACUCGAGACGGCAUGAACCUAGUAUCAUUCGAGUAUGUGGCCUGCCAGGAGAAGCGACAUGGUGUUCUGGUGCUGUCCGAAUUUGCGGGCGCUGCCUCGUUUAUGAGAGACGGUAGCAUCCCCUUCCACCCCGCCAACACGACCGAACUGUCCGAGGCCAUCUUCCGUGCUCUGAAUCUGGACCCGAGCGAGCGGAAGAAUAAAUACAAAUAUUUGCGCGACUUUGUCAAUUUCAAUACGAGGUCAGUGGUGCUUGUCAAUGUGCAGAGCCUUGUUCACUGA